AUGUCUACAUUUACAUUCAAAUGGCCCAAAGGACCAGAAUCCGUCGUUGUGACCGGAGACUUUGAUAACUGGUCUAAACUAUGCCCUCUUGUCAAGCAACCGGAUGGAUCUUUUGAGUCAUCAAUUCCAUUGGCUGCGAACCAAGAAAAGGUUCAGUUCAAAUUUGUCGUUGAUGACGAUAAAUGGUUAGUUUCUUCCGAUUACGAGAAGGAAACAGAUAAGGGUGGAAAUGUGAACAACGUUCUUUAUCUUUCUAACGUUAAGGCAGCUUCAUCCAAGGGAUCAGCAUUUAUUCCAGAAUCUGGCGGAUUGCCAAUUGAGACCAAUGAUGGGAUUGUGACUACACCAGUUAUGCCCAAAGACCCAGUCGAACCAAAUCCGGAAACAGAGGCUGUUAACCAAUCACAGGCUACAGCAGCAAUCAUUAAGGGACCUGGAAUUGCUAUUCCUAAGAACCCGGAAACUGUGGAUGCAUUUAAACAAGUUAGAAAUGUCAAUGCUAAGGAAUUGAAUAAGAAAGUUGAGUUAGAGGAAAAGGCUAAAGAACCGAAGUAUGUUAAGAAGGUUGUUAAGAAGGUGAAAAAGGAAGCUCCAGAGAGCAACACGGUUAAAACAGCCCCAGCAGUGUCCAAGCCUGUUGCCAAGAAAGGCUUUCUAUCCAAGUUGAAGAAGAUCUUUGACUAA